AUGCGGCGCGAUUGUGGGGCACGGGGACCACUAAGGGAGCCAGGGCCGCGGCCGCAUGCGUCCGGCGCAGCUGAGCUUUUCCGCCGGCGGCAGGCCAAGGCACUUGCGGGCAGCGGCAGCACCGCCGUCGCGGGCUGCACAACCGGCCACAGCUCUGGGUCGCAGGGGCGCGAGGCCGGACUGUCUGCGCCCGGCGGUGCCGGCGGCAACGCGGCCGACAGCGACGCGGAGGCUGAGGAGCGCGCCAACGCGCUCAUGCGGGCGGGCGUGGUGCUGCGGCUCAACAGCGUCGUGUACCUGCGACCAGAGGAGAUUGCGGAGAUGGUGUAUCGGCCGGGUUUCGGGGUCCAGGGCCGGCCAGGCGGCGGGGAGCACGCGAUCGCCGUGCGGGCGCCGCCGCUGCCGGCUGCGGACAGGGUCGGGGGUGGCAAGGAAGGGGCGGGCCCCUGCAAAGCGCCGCGGGGCGGGCGCCGCGGCCAGCAGCAGCUACAGGAAGCAGGUGUCCCGCCAGAAGCCGCGCGGCCGCCCUGGUGCCCGCCCGCCUUCCGGCGCCAGGUGGUGCCGACAGACCCGGCAGAGGCGCGUCAGCGGCUGGAGGAAGCCGAGCGGAAGCUGGCGGAGAUGGACGCGCAGCACAGGGCCAUCCAGCGGGCAGCGACGCGGUGGCCGCGGUUUUGGCUCAAUGUCGGCUGUGUGGGCCUGCUGGGUCAGCUGGUGGGUUUUGUGUACCUGACAUACUGGGAGCUCAGCUGGGACGUCAUGGAGCCCAUUGCCUACAUGCUCAGCCUCACAUACAGCUGGCUGGCGUACGUAUAUUUCAUAUCAAAGGGCACAGAGCUGGACUACGGGCCAUUCAUGAAGUUCUGGACUGGGCAGCAGCUGCGCAAGAAGAUGGAGGAGCGAGGCUUCAGCCUGGACCGCUACCAGUCACUCUCGCGCCAGAUAGAGCGCUACCGCCGCUACCUGGCGGCGCAGGCGGCGGCCGAGCGCGCGGGCCACAAGCUCUGA